AUGUCAAGCAAACGUGCCAAGGGAAAGACCACCAAGAAGCGCCCUCAGAGGGCCACGUCCAACGUCUUCGCCAUGUUUGACCAGUCUCAGAUCCAGGAGUUCAAGGAGGCCUUCAACAUGAUUGACCAGAACAGAGAUGGUUUCAUUGACAAGGAGGAUCUGCAUGACAUGCUGGCCUCUUUGGGUAAGAACCCCUCUGAUGAAUACCUGGAGGGGAUGAUGAGCGAAGCACCAGGUCCCAUCAACUUCACCAUGUUCCUCACAAUGUUUGGAGAGAGGCUCAAUGGAACAGACCCCGAGGACGUCAUCCGAAACGCCUUUGCCUGCUUUGAUGAGGAGGGAUCUGGUGUGAUCCACGAGGACCACCUGAGGGAGCUGCUGACCACCAUGGGCGAUCGCUUCACAGACGAGGAGGUGGAUGAGCUCUUCCGUGAGGCGCCCAUCGACAAAAAGGGCAACUUCAACUACGCCGAGUUCACCCGCAUCCUCAAACACGGCGCCAAAGACAAGGACGACGAGUAGAAGGAGAAAAUGACUGCCUCGAGUCCCCGCACACACAUACUGUUCAAACAAAUCAAUCCCUAGUCCCCAGUUUUGUGGACUUGUAGGUUUCAGGUUGUAAGUCAUUGAGCUUCAUUUUUGUGUGUAUAUGAGAGUUUAGGAUUCAUUUAAGAUCCACAGAAAUCACCACUUGUCAUCAUGUGAGAAGUGUAUCCAAGUGUUUGCAUCUCAUGUCUACAGCAGCUUCCAACUCCAACUCAGUUCUUUUGAUCUCCUGCAGGGAACCAGGUUUGACUUUUGAGAUGUAUCAAACACCAGAAUGUGUGUGUGCAGAGGGCGUUUGGACUGCCAGAUACAGUGCUACAUACCAGCCAUGUUUACAUCCUCCAACCAAUUAGCUACCAAACCUGCACAAGCACUGCAACAAGUCUCCCCUGUAUUAUUUCUACCCCUGUAUGAUGGAAAAAUGAUAAAGAAAUUGAUAAGAAUCCUGAUUGUGUUCUUUACUUGGUAAUCGAAAGUGCAAAGUACUGCCUCUUGUUAAGUGUGUUUUCCUACAAUCAUGACCAAAUAGUUAGAUCUUCCAGUGUAAACUCAAGUCCUCCAUCCCUUAGCUGGUUGUGUGUAUUUGUUGAAGGAUCAGGUAUGUUUGUCUUAGGAAGGAAUUCAUUGAUGACAAUGCUCAGGCAAAUAAAGGAUGUAUUUGUGCCGUUAAACCAUACAUGAAGUGUAAAAUUUGUGUUUUUGUAAGUUAUGUAAUGUGUCCUAAUUGAUGUUUAAUCAAAUAUUCUUCAGAGCAGCAUACUGUAGUUGACAACCCAUAUUUUACUGUAGUUUCAGCUAAAUACUACCAUUGUAUUUAACUAUAUGCAAAACAGAUUUUCUACUGCCUUGCUUCAAACAUAAUGUAACAUCAGCAUAAAAAUAAAUUGGACAAAUUCA